GCUAUUCCUUCUUCGUUUACAACUAAUGAACAUAAAGGCGUGACCUUUCUUUUCUGAAACCCAUACAUAUAAAUAUUGGUACUACGGUUUGUGUACACAAAUUGUAAUGAUGGCACUAAAGCUCACGAGCUAUCGGUCUGGUGGAGUGAUUGUCUUUGUUGUGCUGCUGUUCUACGCAUGCGUGCAGAUGGCUGACGCCUGCCAGUGCCCGGACACUUCCUGUAUGCAGCUGUCCUUCACACAGAGGCGAUGUGAGUGCUGUGUCUUUCAUUUCUUGGGCAAGCGCACUCCUAAACCUUCCGUUAACGCCUUCUCCAAGAAGGAGGCCUUAUCUUCAUACUCUACAUACGCCGACCAGGAAGUGUCUGACAUUGACUACUGGUUCCGAUUGACAGGUUUGUCGGACCCCUAGUAGAGAGGAACACAAAAACUGAGUCGUUUGUGCCUUUGUUCAGUUAUCAUUCUAGGAGGAGGGUGCGAGUCAAAAAGAAGGAAUUCCGAUUUUUAUGGUUAAGCUUAUGAAUAGUUUAGUUUUUAUCCUGGAAUAAAAAUAUAAUUACAACGUGUUUACUUGUCUUGUCCACCUAGAGAGGUGUGAUAGGAUCAAAUGACCAAUAAUCAGAAUCGAAUGAUUAUCGUCGAUGUUUUAU